AUGGCGAUCAGCAGAAUCCUGCUUCUUCUUGUCAUCUGCAAGGUUUGUCCUGCUCUGGCCAUCAGAUGUCUACAGUGCGCAGUCGCACCGACCAUCACCCCACGCCCUGCCCACGCGCCUGCGCAGCUGACGCCUCCACGCUGCCCGGUGUGGAACCUGACCGACUGUGACCUCCGACCUGUGCCGCUGGGUCUGGGGCCGUACGACGCCUGCUACCAGAUGGACGCACUGGUUGACGGGCAGCAUUACCAGAGCCGCAGCUGCGUUCACUACCGCCGCUGUCUGGACCUGCGGGCCUCUCUACGCGACGUCACUCUGCAGCACCCGGGGUCAAGGGUCAAGAUCACCUGCUGCUUCCAGGACGGCUGCAACGCGGUCUCCAGCGCGGCGGUUACCAUGGCGACAGUUACUAUGGUGACGGUUACCGUAGUGACGGUUCUGUUUGGUUUAGUCGUACAAAUGAUGUAA